UUAUUUUUGAGUUUUGACAGUGAAAGGAAGAAGGACGCAUAUUGUUCAUUGUGAUUCAUAAUUCAUUUGUAUUUAUUUGUUAUUUAAACAUACAAAACACAGAUAAAAGUGAUAAAAUAUUGCAUUCAGUUCCAUAUUAUUAAAUCAACAUCGUUUUAAUAACUUUUCAGCAAACUAUUGCAACAAAAAAUGGUGGAGGAAGACGAAUAUGCAUGUGUCAAUAGAGCACAAUUAAAAAUUAAAGAUAAUUCUGGAAUCAAAAAGAAAAAGAAGAAGAAGGCAAAUAAAGAGACAGAAAAGGUCAUAAAACAGCAGAUAAAUAACAAUGAAGUACAGGAACAGGUGAAGCAACGAGAAGAAGAGAAACGAACUAAAGCUGAGUUAGCAUUCAAAAAAAUGCAAGAGAAAAUGCAAAGACAAAGAAUACAGCAAAAAGCAGAGAUGACCCACAAACAAAGAGUGGAGAAAUUUAAUCAGCAUUUGGACAGUCUCACUGAACACUUUGAUAUUCCUAAAGUGUCUUGGACCAAAUAGAAGAAGAAUUCAAGAAUUAUUAUUGUACUUUAAUUUAAUUAUAACUUUUAUAGGAUAAAUAAAAUGUUAAUAUUUAAGGCA